CUCCAGUCUUUCAUCUUGAAUCUGUUAAUAUCUUCAACUAAUUAUAAGCGAAAAAGCUUGGCGAUAGUUUUCAUUAUACAUUGGAUAUUAAGGUUCCCACCGCUCUUGUCGGCACCUGUUACCUGGCCCUGAAAAUAUCCUGAAGCGUCAGCUGUGAGAGAAUACAAACACAAGACCAAAUCGUUAGUAGUUUUUUAGGAUAGGAAACUCGUAGGCACAAAUGGCUUUGUACUUCAAUUAUAAAGUGGACGUUUUCCCACAUAAUGUAAUUCAUGUGAACGCGGCGCUUCACUCUCAACACAAAAUUUUGGCAGUUGCAUCUCACAGUGAGGAUAAAGGAGGCACAGUUACUCUGUGCAACGACGAGGGAGAGCUCGUGAAAGGAGUGUCUUCACAUGCCCAACUCUCAGGCCAGGCAGUGUCCCUGGCUUGGCACCCCGCAGAAAAAACUUUGGCCGUCGGCUGGGAGCAUGGGGUGCUCAGCAUGUGGCUGGAAGAAAGGCUGCAGUUUGUUGAAGCGGAUUCACCGCACAAAGCUCCAGUGGGAAUUCUUCAGUGGAGCUCAAGAGGUUCUAGGCUUGUCUCCGGCGAUGCGGUUGGAAUGGUUGUUGCGUGGCGCGCUGAUUCCAAAGGCAUCUUGCAGCCGAUUUUCCAAACGGAUCUGAAGGAGCCACUUACCUGCUGUACCUUCAAGGUGGAAAAUUCAAAAUUGGAUAUCAACGGCUUGGCAAAAGCAGCCGUGGCAGGUGACGAGUUGGCGUUGGACUUGUUCAGCUCGUGGAGACCAAAGACUGCAUCUAGCAGAUUUGCUUCCAAGUCUGCGGCGGAAGAAGGAGUUGGAUUUUUUGUCGGAUCAAUUUCAGGCGCGAUUUACCAUUUCGACGAGGAUGGAGUGGUCACAGAGGUUUGCAACGAAAAAUCGCCAAUCAAUAAAAUCCUGUACCACGCUAGCAAAAAUCAGUUGGUGGUGCUCACUGACAGCCUCGUCCUUGCACACUUCAGCAUUCAACCUGAAGGACAGCUGGUGGAGAUCUCGAGGCUCAAACUAAGCGGAAGGUCGCAGGGCGCGAUUCUCGUGUGGAGCGGACCAAACACCAUCGCCGUCAGCACGAGGGAGUUGUCCGUGCGCUGCUUGGAUCUGGACACGAACGACAAUUAUUUGCUCACCCUGGAAAACCCGUCUGACCGAGAGCACUUUAUCUGCUUGGAUUACAACGCAAACAGGGGCAUUUUGUGCGGCGGCACCAACCUUGGUCGGGUGGCAAUUUGGAAAUACUCGCCAGCUCCAGAUUUGGACCCAGAGGCUGCCUGGAAGCUGCAGAUGCCCAACAAACUAACUGGCGGAGCGAUUCAACACAUUUUGUGGGGCGUUGGAGGAUCCCUGCUGGUCGUCCACACAGUAAAAGAGAUAUUUUUGCUGAGAGAACAGCAGAUUUGCGCCGAAUUCAGUCCAGAAAUGAGCACCGCUCAGGUGGCACCAAACCAACUGACGGUGUGGCACGGCUCCGAGGGUCCAAUGGAACUGUGCUGCGACACCCAGAUCAAAGGCAUUGCUCUGGACAGUCAGCAAGUGGUUGUUUGGGGCACGAAAAGGAUCACGGUGUACGAAUUGAGUCAGAAGCACUUUAAAGUGGUCGGCUCUUUUGCCUGCGAGUGUGUUGGAGCCAAAGUUUACGAGCACAGUCUUUACUGCAUCGAGGGGAGCAGCAUACAAGUCAGAACCAAUCAAGGCACAAUCAAGCAAAAUCUAACCUUUGCAUCAGACGAGGGCGAACCGAUUGGAAUCGAAAUUUGCGGAAGUUUCCUUACAGUCGCCACGCUUUUGGGCUGGGUCAAGGUGUGGGACCUGUCGCGGCGUGAAGCUAAACUGCACACAAACCCCAAAUAUCUCAACGACGUCAUCCACGAUUUUGGCGAAAUAAUUUUAGCACGAUCCAACUGUGAAGGCAGCAAAGUUUCUAUCACUGUGGCUAGAUCUAAUUUGCUACCUGACUGCAAAUUAUAUCUGUGGUCAACAGACACUGACACCCUGCAGGCUUUUGAUUUUUCUACCCAGGAAGCGACGCUGGCGGACCGAUUCGUAUUGAACCAUGUUUGGGACAUUGAGGAGCCUAAACUUUUAGUGUGCGAGGCUAAAGUUCAGCCGAAACUUAAAGACCAGAGAGGCAAGAGAAAAAUUGUAGGAACGACUUCGGCAGCUGCUCCAGACAAGCAGGAGGUCAUGCUUGUAACAAUGUUUGCGACUGCUGAUGGCAGGUUUUUGAUUCAAAACACAGACGUUCUGCUUGAACCGUAUUGCCGUCUAAUCGGAUCGUUUGCACCGCAUUACAUUCUGCUUAAGAAACCAUCAGGACUGGAAAAGGAUUCAGAUUCUGGCCUUGUGGCGCGAGUCUUGAUGCAAGAUUUCGAGGGCCUCGGGGACUGUGAUAAGACAACCAAAAACGCUAUUUUAAACUUUAGCUACUACUUAACGAUUGGCAACAUGGAUGAAGCUUUCAAAGCAAUCAGGGCAAUAAAAAUCGCCACAGUUUGGGAGAGCAUGGCUAAAAUGUGCGUCAAAACUAAAAGGCUGGACGUGGCUUUGGUGUGUCUUGGACACAUGAAGCACGCUCGAGGGGCGAUUGAGCUCAAGAAGGCGAUCAGUAAAGAGGCUGAACUGGACGCGCAGGUGGCUGUGCUGGCUAUGCAACUAGGCCUCAAUGACGAAGCAGAGAAACUGCUCAAAAACUGUGGCCGGUAUGAUUUGCUGAAUAAAUUCUACCAGGACACGGAGCAGUGGGACAAGGCGAUUCAAGUGGCUGAAACGCAGAAUAGAAUUCACUUGCGCACUACUUACUACAACUACGCGAAACACUUGGAGUUCAUAGGCGAUCUCAACAGCGCGGUGAAAAUGUAUGAAAAAUCUGAAACGCAUAGAUUUGAAGUUCCACGAAUGCUGAUGGAGGACCAGAAUCUCGAGUUUUAUAUGACAAAUAACAAAGACCCGCAUCUGAUGAAGUGGUGGGCUCAGUACUUGGAAAGCAACGGCGAGUUGGAAGGCGCGUUGGAGUACUACGAGAAAGCUGGGGAUACCAUGUCCUUGGUUCGAGUCAACUGUUUUCGCGAGAAAUUCGAAAAGGCCAUCAGCAUUGCAUCCGACAGUGAGGACAAGGCUGCUUGCUACCAUUUGGCUAGGCAACUGGAGAACGCCAACAAAGCAGAAAAGGCGAUCGAGUUCUUUUGCAAGGCACAUGCUUACGGAAACGCUAUCAGACUGUGCAAAGAGCAGGGGAUGAAUGAGCAAAUCUGGAGUCUGGCUCUUAAAGCUAAUCCACAAGACCAGCUCGAAGCAGCGCAAUACUUUGAGCAACAACAAAUGCCAGAGCGAGCGGUUAGACUGUUCCACAAGGCAGGAAUGCUGCACAAAGCAGUGGACCUAGCUUUCCAAUUUCAGCAAUAUAGCGCAUUGCAGAGUAUCAUUCUCGAUUUAGAUUCAAGUUCAGAUCCAAAGCUUUUGAAGAAAUGCGCCAAAUUUUUUGUGGAUAACAAGCAAUACGAAAGAGCUGUGGAAAUGCUUGCAAUAGCUAAACAGUAUGAAUCAGCAAUUGAACUAUGCGUUCAAAAUAACGUCCCCAUAACAGAGGAACUAGCUGAACGUUUGACCAUUGAAAAGGAUGAAAACAACGAAGCUUCUAGGGUUCAAGUUCUGCUAGCAGUAGCCGAGAGUGCACAUAUUCAAGGAAACUACCACUUGGCAGCCAAAAAAUAUACUCAGGCAGGAGAUAAGAUUCAAGCAAUGAAAUCCUUACUUAAGUCUGGAGACACAGAAAAAAUAGUCUAUUACACGAACGUGUCUAAACAAAGAGAAAUUUAUGUCAUGGCAGCAAAUUAUCUGCAAUCUCUAGACUGGCGGAACAGUCCCGAAAUCAUGAAACACAUUAUUGCAUUCUACUCGAAAGGAAAAGCGUUGGAUUUGCUUGCGGAAUUUUACGUGGCGUGUGCUCAGGUGGAAGUUGAUGAAUUCCGUGACUAUGAAAAAGCUUUGGGGGCUUACGUGGAGGCGAGCAGAUGUAUUGCUAGAGGAAUGGCUUCGAACCGAGCUAGUGAAGGAGUCUCAGUUGACGAUCAAAAGAGACGAGGGCAUGAACUCGCAAAGAGGCUUGACCUUAUCAAAAAAUACGUAGAAAUCAAAAGGCUUUUCGAACGAGAGAGUGAGAGCGCACAGAAUUUGAGCCGAGAACUACUACAAGUGCCUCAAGUAGAGGCAACGGUCCGCAAAGGAGACGUUUAUGCUCUGAUGAUAAGCCAUUACCUCAAGGGAAAAAAUCUCAAUGCAGCCGUGAAAGUUUUGGAGGAAAUGAAGUCAGCUGGCAUCAAUCCGACUUAUUAUUUGGACACAGAAAUGCUAAGGGCUCUAGGCGUGCCAGGGCAAAGUCAAACGAGUGGAAUACUAGAGCAAGCAGAAGAUGAAAUAGAAGAGCAUGUAGAUGAGGACGAUAGCAUUGGUGCAGAUCUUUAA